GUAGGUACAGUAACUCAUUAGCGAUCGCUUUUGACUGUUCACCAACUUCACAGCGAGUUUACACGAUUAAUCUGCCGGAGGGACUAAUUAUUUCCCCUAUUUGUCGGAUGUACUGGCAGUAAUUAUCAGCAGUGAUUACGAUGAAUGCGAUAAAAAAGCAGCUGCAAGUGCUGAAAAUCGAGAAAGACCUGGCAAUCGAUCGCGCCGAUUGUUGCGAUCGACAGGCUCGCGAGGCGAACAAUCGGGAGGAAAAAUUGAACGAUCAAGUUCGGGAGCUGGAGAAAAAAUUAUUGCAAAUGGAGAACGACUUGGGAAUUAAUCGCGACAGUUUAAGAACAUCCAACGCAAGACUCGACGAUAAAGAGAGAAUGUUACUGGUGGUGCAAUCGGAGCUGGCUGUUUUGAACAGAAGGAUGCAGCAGGCUAUGGAGUACCUGGAGAAAACCGAGGAGCGCAGGGUAAUUGCGCAGACGAAGCUGCUGCAAGCUACUGAGAGCGCUGAAGACGCCAAGAGAAUCUGCAAAGUUCUGGAGACCCGCAGUAAACAAGACGACGAACGAAUGGACCAGUUGACAACGCAGCUGAAGGAAGCCCGAUUGAUCGCCGAAGACGCUGACGCCAAAUCCGAUGAGAUAUCCCGUCGUCUGGCCUUCGUUGAGGACGAGCUCGAAACCGCCGAGGACAGAAUCAGGAGCAGCGAUGCGAAAAUUGUCGAGCGUGAGGAUGAGCUGUUCAUCGUCGGGAAUAUAUUGAAGUCUCUGGAGGUCUCGGAGGAAAAAGCGAAUCAGCGAGUCGAGGAGUUCAAGCUGCAGCUGAAGGACUCGAAGGUGAAGUUAAAGGACGCUGAGAGGAGGGCAGUGAUCGCCGAAAAUCAAAUGAAAAUUCUGCAGAAGGAGUUGGACAUACGUGAAGAUCGACUGUUCAGGGAGAAGCAAAAGUCAAAGUACAUCAGCGAUGAUUUGGACUCGACCUUCGCCGCCCUCACCGGGUAUUGAAGGGUUCGAUCACGAUAAAAAAAAAUCAGGUAAAGGCGACCGCGACGGAGGCUGAAUAAAAUUGAAACGCAUAUU